GUAGAUACUCGUGGGUACACUCUUUCGUGAGUCCCAAAUAAACACUGCACCAUCGUCACAGUACCGCUGGCUGUCACCGCUGUCACCACCUGUACCAUUGGCGCCGAGAAGAAGAGGUCGACCUCAUCGUCCGACUCCCGGCUCCAUUCGCUCAACUGUGCGACACUUGCGCUUGAAGCCCUUUGUUUUCUCAUCUUGUCACUCACUCUUUCACUUGCUACUACGGUGCAAUCCCGUCGCUCAUUUCAGCUCGAUUUCCCUCAAUUCUCCCUCACCUACCCCUCACCGCUACCGACGAUGAGGCGGCGACGCCUUCAAUAGCCUGCAGAUAUGGGGAUUCGCAUCACCACGUGGAAUGUCAAUGGUAUACGAAACCCAUUUGGAUACCAACCAUGGAGAGACAAGAGGACGUUUGAGGGCAUGUUUGACAUUCUCGAGGCGGACAUGGUCAUCUUUCAAGAAACCAAAAUUCAGAGGAAAGAUCUCCGCGACGACAUGGUGUUGGUACCGGGCUGGGACAACUACUGGAGUCUGCCUAAGCACAAGAAAGGAUACUCUGGCGUGGUCAUUUACACGCGCAAUGCGACCUGCGCCCCCAUCAGAGCCGAAGAAGGCAUCACCGGCAUUCUGACCCCUCCGAAUUCCUCUACCAGUUUCCGAGACCUACCCGACGAGGAACAAAUUGGAGGAUAUCCAAACGCUGAGCAGUUGUCCGAGGCAGACUAUGACCCGGCCACUCUCGACUCCGAGGGAAGAUGUGUCAUUCUCGAAUUUCCCGCCUUUGUCCUAAUCGGCACCUACUGUCCGGCCGAGCGCGACGAGACGCGAACUCACUAUCGCACGAGCUAUCUUCGUGUCCUCGACGCACGAAUACGAAACCUCGUGAAAAUGGGUAAGAGAGUGGUCUGGGCGGGCGAUCUCAACAUAUCCAGGGAGGAGAUUGACACUGCUGCAGCACAAGAGAGCAUGCGAAAGAACGGGAUUGACCCAGUCCAGUGGAUCUCCACCCCUGCACGGAAGAUGUUCAACCAGCUGCUCGUCGGUGGCAAAGUCCACGGUGAGAGGGAAGAGGGGAGAGAGACACCCAUCAUGUGGGAUAUCUGUCGGGCCUUCCACGAAGGUCGCAAAGGCAUGUACACCUGCUGGGAGACUAAAGUCAAUGCUCGACCAGGUAAUUAUGGAUCAAGGAUCGACUAUGUGGUGUGCAGCCAUGACAUGAAAGACUGGUUCAGUGAUGCGAACAUCCAGGAAGGGCUGAUGGGAUCUGAUCACUGCCCAGUCUACGCUGUGUUGAAGGAUACUGUGUUCGCUGAUGGUGUCGAGCGACACACGCUAGACAUAGUCAACCCGCCGGGCAUGUUCGUGAAUGGCGUGCGCAAACAGGAGUGGAGCAACAAAUGCUUGCUGCCCAUGUCGGGUAAGCUGAUACAAGAAUUUGACAAGCGGCAAAGCAUCCGGGACAUGUUCACCCGGAAGCCAUCGCUCCCCAAGGCGAAGAGCAGCAUCGGCGACACAGACACCAAUGGUGCAGCUGUGGAUGCAGCUGUGACGAUGGCGGCUGUCGCGGGUGCUGAUGCCCCGACUCCUUCUGAAGCGGACGAUUUUAGUGCCCUUACGAAAACAGCAUCGAAUGUCUCUACCAACAUCAAAGGCAUCAGCGGGAAGAGGUCAGGAAGGGCAACUGAAGCGCCGACAGCUGCGAAACGCAGCAAGACAGCACCUCAGGCGACCUCCAACGGCAUUGGUAAGGGCCAGCAGAGUCUUAGAGGUUUCUUUGCCUCCAAAUCAUCGACUGCUCCAGCUCCCAGAGUAGACGAACCUUUGAUUGAAGCGAAAAUCGAAAAAGCGCCCCAAGACCCGCCGAUACCUAAAGCCGCUCCGUCGCUCGAAGACGAAGCCGCCAGUUUCUCCGCCAGGCAAACAUGGGGUAAAUUGUUCUCAAAGCCCGUGGCACCGAAAUGCGAGCACGGCGAACCAUGCAAAACCAUGCAGACCAAGAAACCGGGCGCUAAUUGCGGAAGAUCUUUCUGGAUGUGCGCGCGACCACUGGGUCCCAGCGGAAAGCAGGAGAAAGGGACUCAAUGGAGGUGUAAUACCUUUAUCUGGGCUAGCGAUUGGGACGCACAUGCUGCUGAGCCGGGCUAAGUCAAGAAGCGAGUGUUAUUACUACACACCUCGCGCCGCUACGAUCUUUCACAAGUCCCAUCUCGGCAUUGACUCAAUUUUGGGCGAUUCCACAAGGCUUACCGUCCCCUUUCGGACCACAAAGAAAUCGUUCGAAGGAGAUUGAUCUAAACAAUGUGGUCCAUAGAGAGUAGAAGAUCUGGCAUCCACCGGCAUCGGCGGAGAGAAGCGAUUCAGCAACUUGGGCAAGACCUCUCGACUCGGUGUCGAGUGCAAGAGGGGGAAUAGUGCGGGCUUCCAGCAAGCGGAUUGCCACAUUCUGCCCAUCGCGGUUCCUCUAGCGCUGGGAGGGAUGAGAAUGAUAGAUUCGACGCAAACAGGGAUAUUGGGCUGGUAGCAGGUGGCGGGACUUCCUCUGAGUCGACAUGCUUUCGCGCCAUCGAAGAGGUGAAUGCCGAAGGGAGAUGGCGCAAGACAGUCAGCCUUUCAUGUUGUGACGAGGAGCAUAGUGACUGUGUACACAAUGCAAUAUUUCCGUCCACCCGUGACACUGCUUGAGAUGCUUUGAAGUGUCGC